CUGAACAAACACUUGCACUUCACAGUUUCUGUGAAGUGUACACGUUUCUCACUUUUAUUUAAAUUUAUUUCCAAAAAAAAUACUUAGUUCUGACAAAAUGGCGGCUUUAGUGAAGAGUUUCCAACUUUUGUUUGAUAGGCCCAAUGAGCCUUUGAUAACGCCGAAGGGCGACAAGGGAACUCUCUUCCAGCUCACUGAGGACUUACUGCCCAAGGACUACGAAGCCAAUGGUCUGGAGCUCAAUAACCGCUUCGGCGACGACGCUGACGACAAGAUCCCUCUGAAGCCCCUCCGCAGCCCCCCGCGCUUCCCCAUUGCCUCGCAGCUGCCCGUCGACUCUGACUUCUCGCUCUUCCUACCCCGACACCAGGAGAUGGCUACGGAGGUCAUUGACACGCUCUUGAGUGUUCCCACGGACCAGUUACAAGACUUGCUGUCCACAUGUGUGUAUGCACGAGGAAACUUAAAUCCUCAACUCUUCAACUAUUGCUAUUCAGUAGCACUCAUGCACAGACCAGACACAAAGAACAUCCCAAUACAGAACUUCGCCGAAACAUUCCCAUCCAAGUUCUUGGAUUCCCAAGUGUUCGCUCAAGCCAGAGAGACUGCCGCUGUCGUGCCCAGGGGUGUUUCCCGGACACCCAUCAUCAUUCCGAGAGACUACACUGCAACUGAUUUGGAAGAAGAACAUCGUCUAGCGUACUGGCGUGAAGAUAUUGGCAUCAAUCUCCACCAUUGGCAUUGGCACUUGGUGUACCCAUUCACAGCUACCGAUAGAUCCAUCGUCGCUAAAGACCGCAGGGGUGAACUUUUCUUCUACAUGCAUCAACAAAUCAUAGCGCGUUACAACUGCGAACGUCUAAACAACUCUUUAAAACGAGUGAAGAAAUUCAGCAACUGGCGAGAACCAAUCCCCGAAGCGUACUUCCCAAAAUUAGACAGUCUGACGUCAUCACGAGGAUGGCCGCCACGACAGGCCAACAUGACUUGGCAAGACUUGAACCGCCCUGUGGACGGCCUCAACGUGACCAUCUCUGAUAUGGAGAAGUGGAGAAGGAACCUCGAGGAAGCCGUAUCGAUGGGCACUGUGACGUUGCCUAACGGAACGAAACAGCCGUUGGACAUCGAUAUGUUGGGCAACAUGUUAGAAGCCAGCAUCCUGUCUCCAAACCGUGAGCUAUAUGGCAGCGUGCACAACAAUGGUCAUAGCUUUUCGGCGUACGUCCAUGAUCCGAAUCAUCGCUACCUGGAAUCUUUCGGCGUGAUAGCGGACGAAGCCACCACGAUGCGUGAUCCAUUCUUCUACCGCUGGCACGCGUGGAUCGACGAUUUCUUCCAAAAGUUCAAGGAAUCUACUCAUGUUCGACCUUACACGCGAUCUGAGCUGGAGAACCCGGGCGUGCAAGUAACAUCAGCGUCCAUAGAGACUACUGGAGGGGACAGGAACACACUAAGCACUUUCUGGAUGUCCAGCGAUGUGGAUCUUUCUAGAGGCUUGGACUUCUCCAACCGCGGACCUGUGUAUGCGCGGUUCACACAUCUCAACCACAGACCAUUUAGAUAUGUAAUCAACGUGAACAACACGGGUAGCGCACGGCGCACAACGGUCCGCAUCUUUAUCUGCCCGAAGGUGGACGAGCGCAACCUCGCCUGGUCUCUCACCGACCAGCGCAAGAUGUUCAUUGAGAUGGACAGAUUCGUCACGCCAUUAAAAUCGGGACAGAACACCAUAACUCGCGAGUCCAGCGAGUCCUCGUUCACGAUUCCGUUCGAGCAAACUUUCCGCGACCUCUCAGUGCAGGCCGAUGACCCUCGCAGACAAGACCUGGCCGCCUUCAACUUCUGCGGCUGCGGGUGGCCGCAACACAUGCUCGUGCCGAAAGGGACCGAGGCCGGCGCGCCGUACGUGCUUUUCAUCAUGCUUUCGAACUAUGAAUUGGACAAGAUUGAACAACCAGAUGGUUCUGAGAUGUCCUGCAAGGCAGCGUCCAGCUUCUGCGGGCUUCGAGACAAGAAGUACCCCGACGCGCGCGCCAUGGGCUUUCCCUUCGACCGGCCCUCGCGCACCGUCACCAACAUCGAAGACUUCAUCCUGCCCAACAUGGCUCUCACCGACAUCACCAUACGUCUUAAUAACGUGACUGAACCUAACCCGAGAAACCCACGGCAAUAACUUGAAACUUUUCUGUCGAUUUGCCAUUGAGUCAAUUCGAGACCAAAGUAUGUAACCCUAAAAAUGUACCUAUCGUGUAGGUAACUUUCAAUGUAUGGAACCUACAAAAUACUUCGCAAACUGACAUCCCUUUUUUAAUAUUUCUUUUAUCAAAGUCUUUAUUAUUUAUUAUGUUAAUCCAUGUAAGAAUUAGGCCAUGGCACCCAUUAUGGGAUUAUGAAAUUAGUAACAUUAAAUAAAAAAUUCAGACUACUUUAAAUAAUGGCAAAAUGAAAGGCUGAUUAGACUAAUCUUAUGAAUAGUAUUGUACAUAUGUAAUUAUUUUAGAGGUAGUGCUACUGUAAAACUUGACCCACAAUAAAUAAAAUAAAUUAAUUACAAAA